ACCAACCACCACAUUUCGCCUCGUUCAUCCCUCCCUCUCCUUUCUUUCUCCUAACCUGCUAGCUUAUAGCCUUUCCAGCUCAAACCAUGCCAUUUUUCGGCGGUCUGUUUGGAAAGAAGGGCAAGCAGCAGAGCACAAACGUUCAGUACGAUGACCAGAUAUCUCGGUCAACAACACCUCCUCCCCCUUUUACCCCUCCUCCUCGUCGACACAAAUCCCCUCAUUCGCCACUCACCCGUCCCUCACCCUCGCCGAAUGGACUUGAUGGCGACGACUCAUCUAGUAACUAUCCUUCUUCGUACCCUAGACGUCUCGAACGGCUACCGGAUAAUCCCUCUCGAAGCGAAAGGCGUGCGGCUGGGAACGGAUUACCUAGUAGACCUUCACUCAAUGUGACAACAUUACAUACUCCAGAUCGACAAUCUUCCGGAAAGCCGUCGCCUCACGGUGUUCAACAACGGACAACAUCACCUUCUUUACCUCAUCUCGCCUCCUCGGAUUCGCUACGACCACCUCCUUCACGUUCGGCUGUCUUUGGAGGUUAUGCCUAUAGUGAUAGUGAUGAUAGUGAUGGUUUAUUGAGGGUCACAUCAUCACAAUCGCUCCCUGAUGCUAUCCCGUCCCAUUCCGGAUCACCACCCAAAACUCCUUCCGGUGCAAUAACGCGUUCGGAACGUGGCCUCACGCAUCAAAGGGCAAGGAGCUCGACAGAAGGAAGUCAGAAUUCAUUCAAGUCUACUCGAAGCAAAUCCAAAAUAUUCGGGUGGUUCAAAUCAUCCAAAUCUAAAUCCAAUUCCAGGGAGGGUCGUAAUGGUGGUGCCGAGGGAAGCUCGGAAAACACAUCGUCUUCAUCUCAACAAUCUGGUUCGGCCAUCCCGCCCGUUCCCCGAACACGAUUGCUCGCCUCCGGGGGAUCUCUGACAGUGAAAGGAUUCAGACAAGUUCGACCUGUAUCACCGGGUCCUUCCAAACCCAUCAUCACAUCAUCUUCUCACCCACUCUCGACAACCACCAACUUGUCACCAUCACGAACGUCCCUUGAUGCAGCACUGCCUCCAAUCGGUCGACCACGGGGUGAUAGCGUCGGUUCAGAAUCGUCACAAAGGGUUACCGUUGCAGCCUUCCGUCAGGCACAAGCCAGACGAAGCUCUGUUCAUAUGAAUGGUUCGCCGAUCCUAGGGCCCGCGGGCGAUGAACCUCCGUUACCUAAUCGGACGUCUUUUACGUUGGAUGCGGAUGCGUCUUCGUUGAUGUCUGCUGCGACGUCCUUGUGGCUGGGAUGGGAUUUGGGGCAACAGCAACAACAACAGCAGCAGCAACCUUCUUCGCCUGUGGGCCCAGGGUUGAGGUUAUCCACGGCUGGGGGUGGGGCGGAUAACAAGUCUUUUGUUACGUUUGCAUCAAAUAAUGGCCCUCGACGGUCGUCGUUUGCUCAGGAUGAUAGCAAGGAUGGAAGUCCCGAUCAUCAUCACCACCAACACCACCAUCGCAGCAACAAUACCAGCCCCACCAAAAACAGUGGUGAUAACAGCCUUAUCAGUAACGCCAAGAAUUCAUUCAGUCGUUCCGAGUCGAAUCUUGGGAGACAGGAUACGAUCACUGCGAAGAAUCCAGGACCCUUGUCGAAAUCAGCCUUUUAUCAAAAAUCGCGUUCUCAACCUUCGAGUCCUGUUGUUCAAUCUCCUCCUUCACCCACUCGACCUAUGCGAAGUGCUGCUCGGCCUCCGCCAAGUGCUUCUGUUUUGCUUGGAGCUUCUGCUUCGGCUAUUGCUCAGCCCCGACAAUCGUCCGUAUCGACGGUGACUAGCACGGGUACGGUCACGGUCACAGGUACAGGAACCGGCGUUAAACCGUUCAAGGCGUCUCACUCUCGUGGUGAGUCUGGGUCGACUGUGACGGACCGCAGUACGAGUCAUGUAGGCGAACAGGCGAGGGCAUCUAGCUCGCUAGCGAGUUAUGGUCGAUCCCAAGGGUCCAAGUCCACGCCUAUUCUUGGUGCCUCGUCCCCGGAAGGUGCUGGUGCUGGUGCUAGCGGUGGUAGGAGGCAGAGUGGGAAGGGUGGGAAAGGGAAGGUGACGCAGCCUAGUUCUGGCGCUGCGAGACGUGCUGUUUCUAUGUUUGCGGACCAAAGUGAGACGAGUGAUGAGGAGGAGUCGGAGGCUGAUAGUGAUGAUGAUGAUGAGGGAAGGGAAGGGGAAGAGGGUGAUGAGGAUGCACCGUUGUCGAGUCUUACGGGGCUUAAGAGACCUGGGACGUCGAUGUCUACUUUGAGCGUGUCUACGUCUGUGACGAGAUUAACUGCUUCUGGUGUUGGUAGCAGUGGUGGUGGGUUAGCACCUUCACCUUCGCGCAAGAAAGGUGUAGCUGGAUCUGCUGGCGGCGCGGCCAAUCGACCCCCUUCCUCUGUGCUCAAGCCCGCAACGAGACGGUCUUUUUCUACUCCUGCUGGAAAUCAUAUCCCUUCAUCCAAAUCCGAUGUGGGUGUUUCUACUUCCCAUUCGCCCGGAGUUGUAGGCAGGAGACCGCCUUUACCCAAUUCUGGAUCUCCGAUUGCGGGUGUUGGAGGUUCGCAAGCGAGGAUGUCGAGUGCAAUGACGACAGGUAACAAUAGUGCUGGCCUACCGCUUGGAUCCAAACAACCUUUGGCGCAUCAAUCUCAACCUUCCCUCCCUCCUUCCAAUAGCGUUCCUCCUACCACUUCUCUCAGCGUUGGACAACAACGUCCAUUCUCACAUGCGUUUAGGCAGAGUCAUUUUGAUUCUUCACCGGCUUCUUCUGUUGGAGAUUCGAGUAGCGGGAAGUUCCCCGUUACGCCUAGAGACGGAAGUGAACCCAGUCUUGGGAGUGGGAGUGCGUAUGCUUCGUUUGGUAAUGGUUUUGCUAAAGGAAGGACGAGUAGUGGAGCGACCGCGAGUGGUGGUGGUGCGGUGAUUUCGAGGGUUAGCGCGAUGAGCAAUAGCGGAGGCAAUGGAGGCGGUAUUGGGAAUGGGGGAUUGCCCAGACCCAAUCAUGCGAAGAGGCGCAGUGUUUCUUUCGAGACCCCUGAAACGGAUGUUAAGGGCUCGAGCAUUGGGAGUGGGGGUGGAAAUACCAGUAUCGCCGUGAAGGGAGGUGCGGAUUUGGCUAAGAUAGAGAAGGCGAAAGAUCCGGAAAUGCAGAGGAUGGACAGGAGACGAAGUGAGGCCAAAGCUGCGAUUGAGCUUGGGAACUUGGUCAAUGGUCCUCCGCCUAUCAUCACUGAUCAUGAUGAUGCGAUUGCUAAUCUUGGGGGUGGUAUUGGUACUCCUCAACAAGCCUGGGAAGCUUGGACUCAAGCUCAAGCGAGGAUGUCUCAAGCUCUUUUCAUGGGGCCGAAUACUGGUGUUGGUAAUACGGGUGCCGGUGCGUUUGGCCCGGUUGCCAUACCUCCCACACCUACGACCAUGGACCCGGCGUACGUUGCGGCUCAUCAACAGGCCAUGUUUAUUGCGAAGCAGACGUAUCAAUUUGCAGUUGCACAGCAGGCUCUAGCAGCUGCCAAUGAUGAGUGGGAGAGAUCGAGCAAUGCUACGGCUGCGUUUGGGAUGCAAGGGAGUGUGAUGGGCACGCCCUCUUUGAUGGGCGGCAUGGGCCCUAUGUCUAUGCCUAUGGGAAUGGGCAUGGGCAUGGGUAUGGGUAUGCCUAUGGGUAUGCCGAUGUUCCCGUCCUCUCCGGCGUCAAUGUAUGGUGGCGGCACUGGACGUUCCGUUUUGGGUGAACCCUCGAAUUGGGGAUCUGCUUCUGUUUAUGGAGGGUCGUUCGGGCCUGCCGCGCAGUCUACAGGACGGACGAGUGGGGUCGCUUUCCCUCGACAAUCCGGUGCUGGGACAGGGGGAAAUAAAUCUGCUGCGUCUGAGGCGGGAGGACUACCUAGACCUCGUCAGCGAACGAGGACCGCUCCUGCUUCGCAAGCCCUUCCGGCUGCUCGAAAUGGUCAAUCCAGUAGGCAAGCUCCCUCGAGUUGGAAGAUGCAUUGAGUUAUGGUACCAAUAUAUUGGUUUUUUCUUUCAAUACUGUCUAAGCAUGAACCUCCCCGCUCUGCGCCCUUCUUAACCUCUUUCCAUAUUUU